AUGGCAAAUCUGAACCUAAUUCUGACUUAUGAGUUCUUGGAGCAGAUCACUGCUCAGUCAAAUUUGUAUGCUACACAGGAAAACGACCGAUUAAAUUUAACUGUUGAUGAACUCAGAGCAUUCUUAGAAAUACUUGUUAUUAUGAGAUUCAGUCCAUUACCUAGUGUUAGACUGUUUUGGAGUAAUGACAGAAAAUUUUACAACAGUAGAGUUGCACAAGUGAUGCCUGUAAAACGUUUCUUGAAAAUUAUGAGAUUUUUACACUUAAAUGACAAUUACACAAUACCAAAAAAGGAUGAAAUUGGAUUUGAGCGAUUAUACAAGUUCAAACCUAAGUUGGAUCACCACAACAGUUGUUUCAAGAAGCUGUUCCAUACUGCCAGAUAUUUGUCAGUUGACGAAUCUAUGGUAGGAUUCAAAGGAAGACGUUCCUUGGAACAGUAUAUGCCAAAUAAACCAAUUAAAAGAGGUUUUAAAAUCUGGGUGAUUGCAUGUGCUGGUACAGGGUACUGUCUAGGACUGUCAGUGUAUGAGGGCAAAGAAGAGGGAGACAACAGUAGCAAGUUCUUAGGUGAAUUUGUUAUAGAAAAACUUGCAGCUCCUUAUGAACGUCUAGGAAACUGCUUAUUCUUUGAUAAUUGUUUUUCAAAUGUUGUAAUGAUGAAAAAUCUGCUGAGAAAAAAUCUGUUUGCUUGUGCCACAAUCAGACAAACACGAAAGUUCUUUCCUAAAGCUACAUUAGCUACUGACAAAACUCUAAAAAUGGGAGAAUCUGAUAUAGUUAUGGCUGAAGACAUAGGAAUCUCAAAAUGGAAAGGCAGGGGAAAGAAGUGUGUUACUGUAACUAACACGAUGUGUAAUGCUGAAUCCAAAUGUUUUGUUCUGAGAACUAAUAACAACGGUGUUAGGGAAAGCGUUCCUUGUCCAGAAUCGAUCAGGGAUUACAACUUAUAUAUGGGAGGGUUGGAUCGUUUUAAUCAGCUUCUCUGUAGCUACAACAUAUCUUGGUAA